AGGUGCAGCCAGGAGGAACGGUCGCUUCUUAGGAGGCUGGAAGUCCACUGCAGGUUCUCGCAGCGGCCCUCGGCAGUCCCUGGCCGUCCAGGUGGUCCAGGCGAGCCAUCCAGAGGCCCGAGGACCGACCGCAGGUCCCCACCAGGCCCGAGCUCGAGCCCGACCGACCCACUCGACCGAAGAUGAGUUCGGCAUCAACGGGUGGUACGGAGGGGUCCAGUCCAGCCUCGAGCCCAGCAUCGGCAGCAAGCCUUGCGAUGGCUGCUCCUAAGUACGGCACCCUUGUACCAAACCGCAUCUUCGUUGGUGGCAUUUCUGCAAGCACCAGCGAAGCAGAACUCGCCCAAGUCUUUUCAGCCUAUGGAAAUGUCAAAGCAACCAAGAUUAUCUCCGAUCGAGCUGGCGUCUCCAAAGGAUAUGGUUUCGUAACCUUCGAAACAGAAGAGGAGGCCAAGCGUCUUCAGCAAGAGUCCGAGUGCAUCGUCUUGAGGGAAAGAAAGCUAAACAUAGCUCCGGCAAUUAAGAAGCAGCCGUUCAAUCGGUCCUUCGACGGUGGUGCUGGAUCGCCUCCUGCAGUGCCCACCAGCACUUAUUACUACACAAAUGGAAUGGGCCUUGCAUACCAAAAUGGAAUGACGUUUUAUAAUACGGGGGCACCGACUCCUGGCACGCCCCUCGCUCCACCAGCUGAUCCUGCAACUAUCUAUCAAGCCACCGGAGUGUUCGGAGCUCAAGCUACCACCGGGCACCAGAGUUUCGCGCCGGUCAUGUACCCUUGCCCAGCGCCGUCACUCUACAUGCCGCAACAAUACCAGUACUCGCCGAUGCCGCCGUACGAGCCCUACUAUGCAGGAGCAGCAGCUGCAGCGACCGGUACGCCAUAUGUCUACACAACCAGCGGUCUGCAGAGCAACAGCAGCAACAAUGGCAGUGGCAACAAUUCUGGCAACAACGGCACCGGUGCAACCAGCCCUCCGGCAGGGCCACCACAACCUUUGCAGUCUUUGCCUCCACCACCUCCUCCGACACAUUUCUACACCACUGCGGCACCACCUCCACACCAUCACCCUCCGGUACAAGCAGGACCUCCUCCGCAGCAGGUCGACCAUCUAUAUUACUCCUUCGCUACUGGACCGCCACCACCUCCUCCGCCUCAUGCAUCCAUCGGAAUGGGUGAUCAACAGUUACUGCUUUAUGCCACCGAUACACCCUGUCAACAGCCAUCGGACAGUCAAACUGCUCCGCAGGAGGACUCGCGGUCUACAUCGAGCCACUCGGAGCAGCCGCACGGGGAGUCGCAGACGGGGGGCCAGCCCGGGGGAUCGUCGAGUACCCCCCUAGUGUCCCUGAUGCCCCUAAAGUUCCCCCUGUCCGGGCGGUACGCCAACUACCACCCGGUGGCAAUCCACGCCUCGGGCCUGCACGGGAACCAGGGGUGCGGCCCCGAGGCCGAGGAGUGCGCGAGUGGGCAGAUGCACUGCCGCGCGAUGAUCUACCAUCCGGCGGCGCUCUACAUCCCCCACCCCGCCGCGGCGUACCACCCGGCGUCGGGCGGUGGAGGUAGUCUGCUGCCGACCCCGGGCACGAGCAGUCCUCAGCAGGCGUACGAGGGGGGGGCCAAGUCUCAGGGGCCCGUCCCGCCGCGGGGGGAGCGACUAGCCAUGGGCUGCCAGGGGAGCCAAUCGAAGGGCCCGGCCGCGGGGCUCGGCAGAGGGCAGCAGGCGCAUAAAUACGGGGGCGCGGAACCGGGAGCACAUUACGCGACCGGGAGGCCGAGCUACCAGCAGCUAGGGAGGCGCGCCUCGGCCGGCCAGGGCUCGCCCUGCUUCCUGCCGGCCCAGAGAAUCCCUGGAUACGGAGGCCAGCUCGUCUCGGGGAAGGCCGCCGGGUUCCUCGGCGGGGCCGCCGCCGCCUUCGCGGCCCAGUCCUACGGGCAGUUCGCCGGCACUAACCUUUCCGGGGCCCAGAGGACGGCCGGGCCGGGCCAGGGGUACGAGUACGCUAACGGACGUCGGGGCUCCGGGUACGAGCAGUAUGCCCACGGUCAGGAGACCAAGCUCCAGGGGUACCAGCCGGCCAGAAAGGCCAACUCCGGGGCGUACCGCCCCCCCUCUUCGGCGCACCGGUCCGAGGCCAGGCCCACCGACGCCCCCGCCGAGGCGACCGAGAAACCCCCCAGUCCCCCGCCCGCCCCCUACUCCCCCAUGACUCGACCCCUUCCAACCGUUUCGCCCACCACUCCCCAGGUCCAGUUUUACGCACCUGCCCAAUCCCGCUACCAGCCUCCUCUGCCCCCGCCCCAGCAGGCCCAGCAGUCGGCCGCCGGACAGAGGAGGUACACCGUCACCCCCCAGUUACCCGCCGGCAGGAAACCCACCGAGAAGUACCCCGGCCCUGGGCCCAACUCCGUGCUGAGGACCGGCAAGUACAAGGUCAACGGCAUCGUCCAGACCUCCGGGAAGGGCAGCGAGGAGGCCCUCGGCGGCGCUGGCGACGCCUCCAACGUCGGACGGCUCCCCAUCACUCCGCCUGGCACGCCGCGCAAUCAUCCCGGACACCCUGCCGGGGAUCAAAACCAGCUGGGGGAGACCUGUCACCAGAUGCAGACCCUCAGCCUCUGAACGGGGAUGCGGGGUUCGACGCGAGAUGGAGGUCCCACGGGGAUGCGUUUGUUGUUGUUCCGUGACCGCGCGAGAACGUUCGGGAGUGAGCUCCAUCGAGAGACAGGCACGCGAGGGGGUGCGUGCGUUUUUCUUUUUUUUUCCUUUCCUCUUUUGGCAUCCCGUGAUCUCGAGAGAUGAGGGAGUGCAAGGGUGGAAAUUUGUGGAAUUUGUUAUCUCGCGAUCUCGCGAGGAAUUUCGGAUUUGAGUUUCAUCCUCGAGAUCCAUCUAACGGUGGAGGUCCUUCGCCGCGAAGUAUGCGAGAAAAUGUGUAACUCAUCCUGCGAUCUCGCCAGGACUCUGGGAUGCGAAUUACCUCCUCGUGGUCCAUCUCGCGGUGGAGAUCCUUCGACUCGAGGGAUGCGAGGGCGGAAAACCUGUCUCUUAUAUUACCCUGUGAUCUCAGACCUCGGUACGGUCGGAAGCUCCCGACUCUCGUGCGGUACGUUCACGGAGGGAUGGCGGAGUCAGCGUGUAUAAUUGUUAAUUAUUUAUAAUCCGUUCGCGCUCUUCGACGGGGCGAAGUUACGUUUAAGGUUGCCGCUCGGGGGGCGAUUACUUAGGAGCGAGACCGGCGGGCCCGCGAGGAAGUGCACCGGUGCAUCGUUCUCCUGGCUGCGAGAAGAGGUCUACGUCCAACCUUCCGGAAGAACCCGAAGAGAGUCCGUGCUGGAAACCAUUGGAUCGUCGUUCGACGCUUAUCCGGGAAAUCGACCGGAACGUUCCUCUGGAUGCACUCUCAACUGUGCCGGUGAACUCACCGGGAUAAGCGUUUCCCGCCCACGUUGGACUCUUCCUCGUGGCCCCGACCACGAGGGAAGUUAGCACCUCGUCUUAUGGCGAGGAGCCGCCUCCGUUAACCCUGUGAUCUCAAACCCUGGCACGACCGGACGCUCUCGACUCUCGAUAUACAUAUAUAUACACACACAUACACAGAUACACAUGUACGGUGCGUCAAUCCGUGAAACGGAUCGAAAGAGUCUUGGCGUGUAAUUGUUAAUUAUUUAUAAUCCAUUACCGCUCUGGUAAGGCGUACUGAUAUUUAAGAUUGCCGGUUAAGGAGGAUUACUUGGGAGCGAGAUAUACGAUAGGUGUUAAACGAGUAAUUAUUAAUAUAUAUAUAUACACACAUUAUAUAUAUAUACACGCAUCAUACAUAAGUAUAUAUAUGUAUACUUAUAGCAAGUAUCGUAAGAGGCGAGAGCAACUAUAUCGGUAGGAGCGAGUUAGGUCAGAUCGAAGCGUUCUUUCGGCGCUCCUUUGUGGAGAAAACAUGCGCGAACGAGAAGGUUGGAGCUUAACGAUGUUAAAGUUUAAAUUCUAGUUCGCUAGGUCGUCGACGUGGUGAGGAAUAUGUGCUUCGAUCUUGUUCGAUGACUGGUAGACCGAUGGCUUCGAACAUGAUGCGGAAGUUGUGGAAGGUUUGCGAUCUUGGGACUUGCUCGACUUGAUGGCUAUUGGGACGUUUUCUGGAUUUGUUAAUUAAUUCUUGAUGAGAUUUAUAAUGACAUGUGAAUUGAAAAGGUAUUUCAAAUUUGUUUAAUUCGGAUCUCGCGAGAUAUGGGGAAUAUGGGGAGGAGGACCGUAGGUGACCGGUGAAAUUUUGCAAAUUUUGUAUCGAUAGCUUUCGUUUAGUUCUUUUGUAUAAAUUGAGUGACUUUUGGGGUACAAAUUAGCAACGGACAACGUAAGGGAAUUAAUCAGUUCGAAAGGGUAAAAAUUGUAAAAAGUUUUUUCAUUCAUUAAUGGUUCGCAGCUGUAAAAUGUUAACUUGUUAUAUAAAAAUGCUUCGGUCUAGCUGCUGCGAACGGUAUCGAAGCACUGCUCGUACAUGUCGACUGCGUACUCCGGAGACUUAGUGAGAGGUUCGAUAGGCUCUCGACACCACAGGUGUGAAUCUCGCGAGCAAGGCUAGAUUAGUUAGGCGAAUAGAUUGCGAAUUAGGGAGGUGGAUUAUAGUGCAGGAACAAAUAAUUGUUAUCGUACAAAUACGAGCGAUCUGUCAUGUGUUCAAAGAUAAGGGGGCAAGAAGGGCGAGGGAGAGAAGAGGCGGAAUUCAGCUUCGGUUGCUCCAGGCACUGCCAAGGUCUCCCCUGCUCUUCGACAACUGUACUUAAUAAGUUCUGUCGUUAGACUCACCGCAGGAACUUACCCUCCGAGCACUGGUACGCCAUCGAGGCACUCAUCGAAAGACUCCUUCGAUGCAUCGGAGGUCUCUUCGAUGCAUUGCCGUACCGAAGGGGCAAGUUCACAUCGAAGCGAAGAAGGAAGCAGGAAGACCACGAAGGGAGAGAUCGAAGAGACAGAGAGCAGAGAACGGAGUGCCCUGUGUACCCCACUCGCCUUGGACGAGAGAUACGAGCAAAGAGCGCGGUCGCUCUUACAGGAUUAGAGGAACAUUAUUGUAAAGGGUGGCGAAAGAAGUAUGGCAAAACAUAGGAAAACAAAAAAAAUGGUAAUAAGUAAUAAUGAAUUAGUUAAAGGAAAAAAAAAAAAUGUGUCGGCUGUGAGCUUCCAAGCAAGUAACAAUAAUUAAAUUAUUAUAAUAAUUAAUUAUAACAAAAAAAAGGGGAGAAGUGGCGUUGAUGGAGGGGCGGCUUACACGAUAGAUUCUAGCAAAUUGUUGACGCGUGUGAUUUUCAGCUUGCCCGCCUCCUAUUGCGAGGGAUUCUUUUCGUCUCGUGUUCCCUCGCCGGACGUGUUGAUUCUCAGCGAUGAAACUUGAAGAGCAUCGAGGAAGAAAUAAGUGGACAUCGAUGACGAUCGUGAGUUCUGUCCGAAAGGUACCCAGCCAGUUCCAGUGAUGGUUCAUCGCUAAACAGUUUGGAUUUCUUUCCUGGACGGAGAUGUGAACGGUGUUUUUGUGGAUCCAUCGUGUGGCCUGGUUAAUUGUCAUCGACAGGAAGUAAGCGACUACCGAAGAGAACCAGUGGUAAUGGAGAACCUGAAUGUUAAUUGUUUAUAGAAUUUAAUUUGAAUCAAACAAUUGAUUCGAGUGGACUGACUCAUGCGACGAUGUAUGAAUUUCUUUUUGGUGCUGUGUAAGAUGUUACUUUACUUUGUGUCGAUGGAGUCGAGUACUCUGGACCUUGUCGAUGUGAAUGGGAUACCAAAUGGUGACAGCAAUGCAGAAGACCUGCACUUACUAAUUGUUUAUAAGGCGAUGACAGGGAACUUGCUACUUUGAAACCAAGUUUAUUGGUUUGCUCCGCCUAAGAGAAUGGUCCUGGUGGAUGCAUAUCGAUGGACCUGUUCGAGUUAUAAAUAAUUCAUCGGCUGAGAUGAGAACAGGGACCCGAGGCGACAGUAAGAGACAAAAUGGGCCUAGGCAAGCGGUCACAGACUGCACCGAUGUUGUUAACGAAGCAGAAUUUAAUUUAUUGAAGCAGAAGAGUGCCUUCUAUUUGUUUUCCCUUUGUGUGUGAUUGUAUUGUUGAACAUUUGUUGCGUUAAAACGUUCCAAGAGCCUCUAAGACGUUGUUAUCGAGGAGAGGGAGGUAGAAGUGUUUGAGAAAUGUUGUUCCUCUAUUUAUUUAUUGAUUUAAUGGCUAAUCGUGCUGGCUUUGCACGAAGUAGCUGCAGUCCGAAGAGAGCCUGAAGAGUAUUCGGAGGAUAAGCCACUUAGUGGUCCUCGAAGCUAGGACAGGGAACUCCAGCUAAGGUGAAGGAAACACUCCAAGAUGAGACCGAUUGCAUCGCGAAUGGUAUUUGGAGAACGAAGAAAAGGUGUAGAUGGAAAACGAAACAUUCCACUGGGACUACUUUAAUGCUUCAAAGUAGACGAAAGAAAUGGAAGCGUGCCUCUACGCUGAAGUCAAGCCGAGGACAUGAUUCAAAGAAUUGUGAAGAAUAUCUGGAUAUUCUAUUGGCGGAUUGAAUCAUUUUCCCAUGAAGAAGUCUAGCGAAUGUUAAAUGAUAGUGCGGAAUGCGGACAAGUGAAAAAAUAACGACGAAAGCAAAGCAGCUGACUUGGGUAAAGAUAUUCUUCCAACAUCUCAGGGUUUGUCAAAAGAAAGAAGAUUUCGAAGAGCUCGAAGGUAACUAAUGAGGACGAAGCGGUUAAAUGGCUACUCGGAGAUACAUUAUUACAGCGAACUAAGCUGCAAAGAAUGGGACGAAUGACAUAAAAUGUUCUGUUCGAAGACUAGAGGAGCAGCUAAAAUGAAAGCGAAGAAGAACAUUACCGAAGGAGUCUGGUGUUGCAACGAAGAAGUAUUCCUAAGAGCAGAAGAUUGCUGUCGAAGUGCAUCAACCUUUAGUGAUUGCACUUCGAGAUCUAAGGCCCCUUCUUGGAUAGAUGCACCAUUUUUUCCAACAGGCAAGUUUUUCUUGAUGCCACCUACUUGAAACGGCUAGCAAUACUUGAAACUUAAGGGAAUCUAGAUACGAUCUACGAUUAUACGUAGAUUUCUCCGUUUUUAUGAGAGGGUGUGUGUAUGUGCGUGAGAAAUUUUCCACUAAAUCAAAAACUACAUCUUACAUUGCCAUUGAAAAAAGUGUUUAUUGCUGUUUUUCAUCGCAUCUUUACCGAAGUACGUUCAUAUUUAAUUUCGCCAAAUUCAGAUUCAGUUUCGAUCAAAAAUUGUAUUGUUAUCAAGUUCUCUUUAGUUGACCAUUUUUACAUUGAGAAGAAUUUUCAUACCGAAGAGGAAUCCUUUGUAUUUACUUCACUUUAAAUAAUUGUAACGAAUGACAGACCUCUUUCUAAUGGACCAACAAGAAAUAAUGUUCAUUUAUUUUUGGCCGUGGAUCCGAAACUGCGUUUAUUUGUCCUUAAAUUAAUAAAAAAGGAGAAGCCAGUAAAGAGCGACAUGUGCACACCUUCGUCGAGAGAUAAAAACGAGAGAUUUAAAAAAAGCCCGAAAAUUGCAACAAUAGUAUAAGAUUGUUAGUAAAUUCCAAACUCAACGUUCUUUCAAUACUUUCUCUCUGUGUAAAUAUAAGUCGCACGUGCAGCAAUCAAAAGCAAACGGUGAUACACGUAUUAAUUUUUUGCAACAAUAUCAAUAACAUUAUUCGAAGGCUUCUUUGUUUUAAUUUAUUUUCAUUAAGCCUUAAAUUAAUUGACAUAGUGAAGUUUUUCAAACGGCAUGCAUGAGUACAGUUAUCGCUAUCAAUGGUGGUAAACUUUGGGAAAAUGCAAAUUCUUCUAAACUGUAUAAAAAUCCUUAAGUCAGAAAAAUUAAAAGACAACUCUUGGCGUUUCUCGUCCGAAAGUAAAACGUACAAUUAGCGUCAUUAACACGGCUGGAAAUUCUUGGAAACGGAGUACAUUUUUCUUUCUCUUCGUUUUUGUUCUCUAAGUCGCUUUUCUGUUCAAUUUUAAUUUUACACGACGCCACUCGAUAAUCAAAUGUACAUCCCAUGGGAAUUAAUUAUGGGGUUUUCGCUACUUAAUCUAAUCUAUUCCGGACACCUACUCUUACGUAUCUUUCCAUUUCUAUAAACUCUAUGUCUACAAAGAAUAUCGUUAACGAUUCACUUAAAAGUAAUCAUCGAAGAAAUCUCGCCGUGGAGUUCAUUUUGAGCAAUAAAAUCUAUUUCUCGGAUAGGGACGUCCGAGGGGAAAGCUUUGGUUCUUUGCGUUGAGCGCGUACAUUGGCGCCAUUUAAUAAAUUCGAAUCGAGCUCGUUCUAAACUGUACAAUUUGUGUUUAAUCGAGAAAGCGUCUAAAUUGGUGCCAACUGAACUUUCGGGAAUACUUGCCGACGUCAAAACUCGACGAUACCAAAAAUCGCGAGACUAUCCAAAAUUGCCGAGCGAUUGAGAGCUACUUCUAGGUUAAGGAGGUUAAGGAAGAGUCUUAACACUGUACCGAGCGGAAGCCUAUUAAUCAGUUUUGCGAUACCCGUGAUAUCGCCAUUUACUUUCAAAUUCGCCGAUCGGUAAAGUGUUAAUUGCAUUCUCUACGUCCCGGCUGUACAGUUCGUGGCAUGAAUGCUCGCUAAAGUGGUCAACUUGAUAUUCGAAUCGACUCAUUUUUUCUUCCCACGCGAUAUUAAAAAAAAAAGAAAAAAGACGGAGAAAAGCGAUCGUUUAUGCGUCCAACUGUACACGUAGAAGUUACAUUCUUGCAGAUUUAAACAUAGAACGUACAUAUUAAUAUAUUAUAACCGUGCAGGAGUAUAUCGUAUCUGCUCGAGAGUAUACCGACGUCCCGAAGUCGGACUCGAUUGCCUAACCGAGGAAAUAUCGCGUGCAUAACGUGAGCGGAAUCGCGGAACCCGUCUGUUAACAAUUAAAAACCUUUUUGCCAUUAAGUAUGCAAUAUUCUACGGGUGUGAAGCGAGGCAGCUCUCCGACGUUAGAUUCGUUCCUUGUCCGUGAACUCGUAGACGCAACGGAAAGAGAAACUGGAAUCACUAAAGCGGGAUUGGCGUUGAAUCCUAACUUCAAACUCGUAGUCGGUUAGUAUCAAAACGAAUCGCUAGGGGGUUCGACGUUGAACCCGGAACCUAUCUUCGAGUAUAUUAUAAGCGUAUCAGAGUUUGAAGCGAGUGUUCUAACGUCGGAUUCGAUACCUAACCUUAGAUAUGUUAUAUCUGAUAAAAGGGCGGCGCAGGGACGAGAGGCCAAACCGAUAAACGGGCUAUAACGAAAUAUAUCGAUAUAUAUAUAUAUAUAUAAUUAUAUAUGUACGAGGUGUAAUAGAAGGGACUCGACGUCGAAUCCGUCACCUAUCCUCAAAUGUACUAUAUCUGCACGAGAUUAUCACGCGAGGCAGCGAUCCGACGUUAGAUGCGUUACAUAACCUCAAGUCUGCCGUUGGUUCGCAUCGAACGCUGUAAAAAUCACUAUCGGAACCGACGUCGAUUCAGGUAUGUAGCUUCAAUCAUAUACUUGCAUCCAUAGGAAGGUAUACCGUUAGAUUCAUUACCUAACCUCUAACCAGAAAUUCGUAUAGAAAAUGCCGAACCUAUAGUGACUUCGACGUCGGGCCCGAAAUCUAAUCUUAAAUAUAUAUUAUAAGCGCCCGGGAGUUGAAAGCGAGACAGUGUUCAGAAGUCGGACGAGUAGUCCGAUGUAGCGUUUGCACCUGGUUUGUGUCGAAGAGACAGAAUCAGGUGUGAAAACGACCCCAGAUCCCGUAUUUAAUCUUAAAUAUAUUAUAAGAAUAUGAGAGUGUAAAGAAUGGUAGCGUUUCGAUGUCGGAUCUGUUGCCUAAUCUCUUGAGUCUCCAAGUGGUUCGCAUCGGACAGGUCGAACCCUACAAUGGAACCGACGUCGUGUCCUACCCAAAGGUGGAAUAAGAAAUAAUAUAUACGUACACGUGUAACUGUAAAUGAGGGAGUCUAACC